AUGCUUAAAGUUAUCAGGUAUGCACCUGAAGCAUGGAAUAUGCUUCAGGGUGUAUUUUGUGUAUACAAACCUGCAGAUAUGACCAUGAAUCACCUGAGAAAAGUGGUGAUUGGUAACCUUACCCGUGAUCUCAAUUUACUAAAGACUCGUCCAGCCACACCUAUAGUUGCCAUUGAAGGCAGUGUUACAGAGAAGUUGGUUGUGAAAUUGAAGGAGAAUUAUGCUGAUCACCCAUUAGUUCUUGGUCCAAGAUACCAACCAAAGGAUAUUAAACUAACAUGGGCCCAUCAGUUAGAUAAAAAUAUCUCAGGAGUUUGCAUUUUGGGUGUGAAUAGUGGCACAAAAGGUACACACAAAGUAAGGGAGUCACAGUUGAUCCGUUCUUACGUGGUUUCGGGCCAGUUUGGACGAACAACUGACACGCUCUUUAUUCAUGGCAAAGUUAUAGGGAAGUCAACAUACAAGCAUAUAACAAGAGGACGCUUGAUGCGAACAUUAAUGACCAUACAGGCUGGUCAUCAGAGGAGUUCACUUAAUUUUUUGGGUCUUGACCCACAGUCUCAGGAAGCAUAUGAAGCUCUCUCAGCUGAGGGCCUUGUAAGACCUGGUGAGAAAUCCCCACCAUUAAUCUAUGCUCUCAAAAUUGUUGACUUCAAUUUACCAGAUUUCACACUAGUUUCAUGCAUUAAUGAAAAUGCUGUCUACCUUCAACACCUGGUGCAUGAUCUAGCAUUACGGCUCAAGACCACUGCUGUAUGCACACAAAUGCGCUGCAUUCGCUAUGGACCUUGGACUCUGCAGCAUAGUUUGCUUCACAAGCAUUGGUGUCUAGAACAUAUUAUAGAUAAUAUAACCCAUAGCAAACCACUCUUUAAAGAUAUAAUACCCAAAUCAGCUAGUUUGUUUGCAUUAAAAGAUGAACAAUGUAAGGAAUUUUAGAAUUGGAAAUACAUCAGAUGAGACUGAUGAGUGUAAAUAUACUGUAUAAUAAUUUUCAGUAAAUAUGAAUAUUUCUUUUU